GUCGUGACUAACAAUCUAUCUCCUUAUAUUGUCAAACUCAUUUAUGUAUUCAAUUCAAGAUAAUUUCUUGUAUGGAAUCUUUACUCAUCUUUCUAAUUAACAAUAAUCUUUUUGAUUAAUCUACUACUCAAUCAUUGAUUGUCAACUUAUUUUAUUGUCUUAAAAGCACCAAAUUUUGAUCAAUGGAGGAUAUGAUCGGAGCAAGGGUAUACAGGUGCUAUAGAUGCCGGAAUCCGGUGUGUCGCCAUGAUGAUAUCAUCUCCAAGGGUUUUCAGGCAAGCAAUGGAAGAGCCUUUCUGUUUUGGCAUGCAGUGAACGUUAUCAUGGGGCAAAAAGAAGAUCGGCGGCUCAUUACCGGUCUGCACACGGUGGCUGAUGUCUACUGCUCCGAUUGCGGGGAGAUGCUCGGGUGGAAGUAUGAGAAAGCCUUUGAAGAAUCUCAAAAGUACAAGGAAGGCAAGUUUGUACUAGAAAAGUUCAAGAUCGUUAUGGAAAAUUAGUACAAAAAUGAUCGUAAAAAUAUAGAAAAACUCUUCAAGUUAUUUAAAAAGAGGAAAUAAGUCUUUUUAGUUUUUCUUUUGCCACUUCGACCCUCAAUACUCUUAAAUGGUGUAAACAAACUCCAUGCCUAAAAAAUCACAGAAAUAAUUAAAAACCUGAGGAGAAAAGUGUCAAAAAAAGAAAAAGUAAAACAGUUAAAAUGUUCUUUUCAAAAAAUUUAAGGAGUUUUUUCAGCGUUUAACUACAUUGAGGAUUGAGGGCGCUAGUGGUAAAAAAAACUAAAAAGACUUGCAUACUCUUUCUAAAUAACUUGAAGAAAAAAGAUCGUAACCUCUAAUCUAUUUGUUUUAAAGUACAGAUGUUUUUAGUUAAUAUUCUCUUUGUUCAUAUAAAUGUAAACAAUUGUAAAUAUUGGGAUUCAAAAUUUCACAGAAUGGUAUUAACAGCUUUUGGCUCAA